AUGGACAGAAGAAGAAAAUUGACUAUGAACUGGGAGCGUUCAGGAGAUGACGAUGAUAAUUUCUUCGAGCCUCAUGAUUCGGGGUCCGAUGAUGAGGAUUAUGAUGACGGCCGAAUGUCUUUUUCUUCCGCUGUCUCCUCUGCACCAUUUGAAGAAAUGCGCAGCCUCAAGUCAUCCACAACUCCUAAAUCAAUGUUCGAAAAUCACUACGAUAUGUGGAUGGCGGAACCAGGGUCCAUUCAGGAUCGACGAAAACGUCUCCUCAAAGGCAUGGGAUUAAACAGUAAUAAGGAUCUUCUUUCCAGUCCCAGUUCCAGGUCUGAAAGUGCUGCUGUUUCUGAAGAAGCUGAAAAAAUCCAAGGAGAGCCCGAGAGUGAUGAUUUUACGCGACAAGAGUCUAAGAAAGAGGACGAGACUGAUCAUAAGGAUGAGAGUCAUGAGACUGAGAAUGCAAAUGAGAGUAUUCAUAAGUCUUUGCCAACAGCAUUGGUGCAUGUUCGUUCCCGUUCAGAUGGAGAACUAGCACCGCUUACUUUUGAUACCGAGAGAAGGAAAGAUAGGAUUAUGGGGGCUGUUUCGAAACACCGUCUUGUUAGGACAUCAUCAGUGAUCAUGACACCAGAUGUUGGUGCAUGUUCUGCUGCCAACUGUAUGAGGUUUCAGCCAAAAGCAAGAAGCUUGAGAAAAUUCUCUCUCAAUAGAUCUACAGUGGAUGGCGAAUUAGGAUCACUUUUCGUGAUUAAGAAUUUAGACACUGGAGCUGAAUUCGUUGUCAGUGAAUACAAUGGCAAGGGAAUGUGGAAUAAACUGAGUGAUCUUCACACUGGAAAGCAGAUGACAAUGGAAGAAUUUGAGAAGUCUAUUGGAUAUUCCCCAUCUGUUAAGGAGGCAAUGAGUCGUGCAAAUGUGAGAAGCCAUCAUCAUCAUGACACGAAAGGAGACACGGGCUCAAUCUUCAGUAAGAGGUUCAGAAACAGCAAGAGGAAAGGGGUUGCUUUUCUGAAGAACAUUAAGGAUAAGGCUAAUGCCAGGAGUGGAUUUAAAGGUGACAGAGAAAGAUCGCAGGAACAAUCGACACCAGAACAGCGAUCUAACAAAAACUCCUCGUCCGAAUGGGUUAAAGUUCAUCAUCAUGGAAAGCCAUUUAGAGAUUUUACGGGUCUGCACUUGUGUCAAGAAAUUCAGGCGCAUGAGGGAUCUAUAUGGACCAUUAAGUUCAGCUCUGAUGCACGUUUCCUUGCCAGUGCUGGAGAAGACAAGGUUAUCCAUGUAUGGGAAGUGCAAGAAUGUGACGUUAUGUCAGCAAAACCACCAGAUGACGUAAAUUCUCCAGCAGAGAUCAAGCCUAUGCAACCAGAGAAAAGAACAAAAGGGAGGCACUCAAGCAAAAAAAGGGGGAACUCAAUUCCCGAUUAUGUCGAAGUGCCAGAGACUGUAUUUGGACUUUCAGAACGACCUAUAUGCUCCUUCACAGGUCAUCAGGAUGAUAUUUUGGAUCUCUCUUGGUCAAAAUCUCAGCUCCUGCUUUCAUCUUCCAUGGACAAGACAGUUAGGCUGUGGGACAUGGAAACACAAAACUGUUUAAAGAUGUUUGCUCACAAUGAUUAUGUUACAUGUAUACAAUUCAAUCCAGUGGAUGAUGACUACUUCCUCAGUGGCUCACUGGAUGCAAAGAUUCGAAUUUGGAACGUACCUCAUCGGCAAGUUGUUGAUUGGAUGGAUAUCAGUGAAAUGGUUACAGCUGUUUGUUAUUCUCCCGACGGCCAGGGUGCCGUGGUUGGUUCACAUAAAGGAACCUGUCGCUUGUACAGUACAGCUGAUUCCAAGCUCGAGCAGAAAGAGAACAUAGAAAUUCCAAUCAAGAAAAAAGCCCAGCCAAAGAAAUUCACAGGUUUUCAGUAUAAUCCAUCAAAUCCGUCUGAAAUGCUUAUUACUUCUGCCGAUUCACGUAUUAGAAUAUUCAAUGGAUCAGAAAUCACCUAUAAAUUCAGAGGUUUCCAAAAUACUAGCAGCCAAAUUGCGUCUUCAUUCAGUCCAGAUGGAAAUUAUAUCAUCAGUGCAAGUGAAGAUUCUCAAGUGUAUAUUUGGAAACGUGAAGAGUCUCGAAAUGCAGGACACAGGAAAAACAAAAAUAUAGUCAGCAUCCCAUCUCAUGAACAUUUUCAAUGUAGGGAUGUUUCAGUUGCAAUUCCAUGGCCUGGCAGUUCAAAAAAUGAGGUCCCUAUCGUAGAAGUACACUCCAGAAAGCACUCAAAACGCAUAAACCAACAUUCCCAACCAGGCACCGAUUCUCCGCCCAAAGAGAGAGCAGGAACUAACAGUAAGAGACAGUUACCACCACUUCCAAAACAAAAUAAUCAAUUAGAAAGAGUUCCGAGUUGUUCAGAGAAGGACCUAGAUCAAAUUUCUUGUGAUGAGUCAGGGAGAGGCGAUUCAUUCGAUUCAGCUUCCACAGCUUCUACUUCGUCGAGGUAUGAUCCGUCUUCUAUCUCUAGUACAAGUAGACACUCAGGAUCGUGGUCUUGGUUUGAUGUUGGACACUGCCACGGACAUACUAUGGAAGCAACAGCAUGGGGCUUGGUAAUUGUGACAGCAGGAUUGGGAGGUGAGAUCAGAGCUUAUCAGAAUUUCGGGCUGCCUGUCAAGGUUAGCCGUCAUUCUAAACUCUUCAGAGACCUCACAUAA